AUGCGCCAGCUCACACCAGAGGCGCUGAAUCCCGCGAUUCUCAAUGUACAGUAUGCCGUCCGCGGAGAGUUGGCUAUCAGAGCAGAGGAGCUUCGAGUCCAGCUAAAAGGAGAGAAUCAUGGUCUCCCCUUCGACAAGGUCAUCUCCUCGAACAUUGGCAACCCUCAGCAAAAGGGACUGGAUCAACCACCUAUUACUUUUACAAGACAGGUCGCUGCGUUGAUGGAAUGGCCAGCUUUGGCAGACAUCGCGCCAGAUGCUUUCCCGAAAGACGUAGUCGCUCGCGCAAAAGAGCUGCACGAGGCUAUCGGAUCAAUAGGCGCGUACUCCCAUAGUCAAGGAGUUCCCUUUAUCAGAGAGAAUGUGGCCAAAUUCAUUGAAGAACGCGAUGGCUUCCCCUCAGAUCCGAAUCACAUUUUCCUAACCGGCGGUGCUUCAGCAGGUGUCAGCCUGUUGAUCUCCAUGUUAAUCUCCGUACCCCAUAAAUCCGGCGUCUUGAUUCCGAUACCCCAGUAUCCGCUUUAUACCGCAACCCUCGCUCGGUUCAACGGUGUACCGCUUCCCUUCCAUCUCAACGAAGCAGCUGACUGGGCCACAUCAAUCCACGACAUUGAAGCAGCUAUCGAGAAGGCGCACCGUGAAGGUGUCACAGCCAAAGCAUUGGUAAUAAUCAACCCCGGCAACCCUACGGGUGCGUUACUUGACGAAGACACGCAGAUCGAGUUGGUCAAACUGUGCGAGAAGCACUCACUCGUCUUGCUAGCCGAUGAAGUAUACCAAGUAAACCUCCAUAAACCGACAACCCACCCGUUUAUCUCUUUCAAAAAGAUUGUAUCUCAAAUACAAUCACCCGUCCCCCUCGUAUCACUCCACUCUAUCUCGAAGGGUGUUUCAGGCGAAUGCGGCCGUCGAGGAGGGUAUUUCGAAUGCACCAAUUUCCCAGCCAACAUACUCGAUCUUAUCUACAAAAUGGUGUCCGUGAACCUAUGCCCACCUUUAUCCGGGCAGAUUGGCGUAGACACGAUGAUUCGACCGCCUAACCCUGGCGAGGAGUCGUACGAUUUAUGGAAGAAAGAGACGGAUGAAAUCCACGCGACUCUUGCCCACCGCACCAAAACGAUGUCAGGACGACUCAACGCUCUCCCUGGUGUAUCAUGUGUCGAUUCCCCCGGUGCUCUCUACCUGUAUCCCCAGAUUAGAUUGCCGGACGAGGCCAUUGAAGCUGCACGGGAGGCAGGAAAGGAGCCAGAUGCGUUUUAUGCGCUUCAAUUGCUCCAUGACACGGGGAUUUGUGUAGUUCCUGGAAGCGGGUUUGGCCAGAAGCAGGGUGAAUGGCAUUACAGGCUGACAUGUCUUUGCCCCGGAGUGGAGGAUUAUGUUCGCAAAUUGGAGAAAUUUCACGAAAAGUUCUUACAGCGGUAUAGUGGUGCGAACUGA